AUGGUGUUUACGUCCAUGAACACACAGGUGCGCGUGCCGCAGCCACCGCCAGUGCCAGCAGCCGUCGUAAACCCCACGGUAGUGACUCCUGCUGGGCCACAUCCCGAGGAGAUAGACGAGGCUUUUGCUAGCAGUCACGAGCUACGAAAGCGCACGUCACUCUUCCGCGACAUAUCGACCUUCAUCCUGGGCCAAGCCUCACAGCCAUCCGCCGAGCCAGCAGCGAAGAAGCGCAAGCUCGAAGAGAAGACCACAUCGCAAAGCGCCCCAGCAGCGCCGGGAGGCAGCUUAGUCAGUAGCGCAACGAAAGCAUGGCGGACAUAUCCAGGAGUCAGCUUCUCGAUUCCGCAGCGCAAGAAGUUCACCCUGGAGCUCCUGGACAAGAAGGACGGUGGCAUUCGAGCCAUAGGCGCCAGCGGCAAUGUCGAGUUCAGCAUAGCCUGGAAAGACGUCGACCAGGUCUUCUGCCUGCCAAUACCCGAGAAGGCGAAGAAGCAGCAUAACUUUGUUGUCAUACCUGUGCAUGGCGACGGCAUCAACCCUCUCCCAGAACACCUGCAAGGCGCCGCACCAGAGCCUAUCAUUUGGACCUUCGAGGAGGCAACGGGCAAGAACAUCGUCGAGGGCGAAGACCCUGGACCAGGGCCGAUGGCUGAGGCCAUACACCAUUGCCUUAUACAAGCAGGUACGGGCAAGCAGGUCAUCUUUCCCGACGCCGAAGAGUUCGCCAGCGCCACGCCUGAGAGCCAUCGCAAGGGCGACAAGGCAUACCACGUCAAGGCACACAGAGGGAGCAAAGAGGGCUACUUGUUCUUCACUUCUGUCGGCAUCCUGUAUGGCUACAAGAAGCCGCUCGCCUACUUCGACUUCGCCUCCGUAAACAGCAUAGCAUACGCUGCCGUCCUGCGCAAUACCUUCAAUCUCGUCAUCACCACACAGACACAGGAGAUCGAGUUUGGCAUGCUCGACCAGGCCGACUAUGCAGGCAUCAACGACUACGUACAGAAGCAUGGCCUGCAAGACGCCAGCUUAGCAGCUGCACGCCGCGCCAAGAAGCUCAACGUCAACAAGCCCAAGGACAAGAGCAACGGCACUGCACCUCCCGAUGCAGACGACGCCGAGGAGGAAGAGGGCGAGCUACAAAAGGCCGAGCGAGAGCUACAAGAUCAGGAGGACGAGGAAGAGGAGGACUACGAUCCGGGCAGCGAGGGCGAGAGCGAAGGCUCAGGGUCUGACAGCGAAGACGAGGAUGGCGGGGGCGGCUAUGACGAGGGUGAUGGCGAUGAGGUGGAAGCUGACGACGAUGAGAUGGAAGAAUAG